GGUUGCAAGGAAAGUAUGAUCAGUAGGGACAUUAUUACUAGGGGCUUCUCACUCUGUGACUAUGACAUGUCAUCAUCGCUAAGCGUGUCAUCAUCUUCAGUUGUAUUCCCUACAGUAUCAGUAGAUUCUGUUAGCAGUUUAUCAUAUGAUACUACUGCCUUUAGUCCCUUUACAUCAGUUAUUUUAACACCAACUGUUACUCAUGAGCCUUUCUCUAAUACUUUUCCAGGCUAUUCUUGGGCAAUUAUUGUAACUGGAUUCAUUUUAAUAGCACUGGUAGGAGUCCUCAUUUUCUUGACUUUAUGUUUCACCAUCAAAAAGAGGAAACUUGUUAAAGGGAUGAUACAGAUCAAUCCAGAGCCUAAAUCUAAAGUUCAUUUAUUAUCUGCUAAAUCUGAUGCUGUAUCUCCUACUGACUCAAUUGCUCCUCCUCAAUCUUUUUCUACUCAACAAUUGUCAAUUCCUCUUUCCACUUUGACCUCUAGUAGUAACAAUGGAUCUCCUGUACUGACUAAAAGUGAAACUGUAGCCUAGCAUAGGAGCUUGCUACUUCAUAAUCAUUUUUUAUUUAUACAUGUUCAUCAUAGCAAUGAUUGUAGAAUAUUUAAAUAAAAAGUAUUAUAACUUUUUCUUUAAAACAAGAAGCAACUAAGGAACAUAUAUAUAGAAAGAAACAUAGACACAAAGGGAAGCUACAGUAUAGUAUGUAGAAGGACACUAACAGCAGAAUAAUAAGACUUAUUUACGUCGGAUACAUAAGUAAUAUUAGUUGUAGAA